CACAUGACUUCUACAAUUUUCUUAUCAUGUGACUAUCAAAAUGGUGGACAUGAGAAGUGUAGUGAUUCUUUCCGUUUUUCUAUCCUUAACAUGGGCAGCAUCAACACCUGUCGUUCUUUGGCAUGGAAUGGGUGACAGUUGCUGUAACCCCCUCAGCAUGGGGUCAAUAAAAGGUCUCAUUGAAAAACAAGUCAAAGGAGUUUAUGUGAAAUCCCUGGAGAUUGGAAGUAACAUUGUAGAGGAUACAGAGAAUGGAUUUCUGAUGAAUGCGAAUCAACAGAUUGACCUUGUAUGUGCUCAACUUUCCAAGGACUCAAAGCUUCAGUCAGGCUACAAUGCAAUAGGAUUCUCCCAGGGGGGACAGUUUCUGAGAGCUAUAGCCCAAAAGUGUCCCAAUCCCCCCAUGCUGAACCUCAUUUCUGUAGGAGGUCAACAUCAAGGUGUAUAUGGUUUUCCCCGUUGCCCAGGUGACAACAGCACUCUUUGUGACAUUGUCAGAAAACUGCUGAAUUUAGGGGCAUAUAACAGCUUUGUUCAAAAAAAUUUAGUCCAGGCAGAAUACUGGCAUGAUCCUCUCCAAGAAAAUGAGUAUAAAUCAAAGAGUGUGUUUCUUGCUGACCUGAAUCAGGAAAAUAAGAAAAAUGUGACCCAGAAAAACAAUUUGCUUAAGCUGAAGAAUUUUGUAAUGGUAAAAUUCUUGGAUGAUGAAAUGGUGGAUCCCAGGGACAGUGAGUGGUUUGGCUUUUACAAACCUGGACAAGCAAAAGAACUCUUUACCCUAUUUGAUUCACCACUGUAUCAGGAGGAUUGGCUGGGGCUGAAGGUGAUGAACAACACUGGACGGCUUCACUUCCUGUCAUCUCCUGGUGACCAUCUACAGUUUACAGAGCAGUGGUUCAUCGAUAAUAUUGUCUCAAAGUUCCUCAAGGGCUAGUUUAUCAACAGUGGUAGCCAUGAAGUGAGAUUAUAUACAGUUAUUGACUGGGUUCAAGGACAACAACAAAUUUGUUCGAUUCAUUCGAGGGUCAAACAAAACUUGCUUUUUUUCUUGAGAAUCCAGUCAGUACUGUUUUGUUAUACACAUUCAUUUUUUUUAGGAUCAUGUGACUUAAUUACCAGUACAUAACCAAUGAAAUUAAGGCAAUUAGUCAACAGAUCAUUCAAGGGUAACAGUUCUGAAGACUUUUGAUUUGCAGUCACUCAACAGAACAAUAGUUAAAGGAUUUGGGGAAUACGAAAAAAAUGAAAGUGUAUAACAAAGCAAAGUAAUAUUGCAUUUCAUUCCAUCACUUCAUUAAGUGUAUAGACAGUCAUUUUAUAAAAGUUACUGAAAAUGUAGUUUACUUGUUAAUGAAGCCAAUUUGAAUUAUUUUUCUAAAUGAAUUAAUUUUGUAUGACAUACUUUUAAGGGAUGUCAUUUUUCCUGCAUAAUUACCAUUAAUGAUGAUCCUCUCACAAUGAAAGCAGGUAGUAGUAAACGUGUGUAUGUAGUAACAUCACUGCGAGUUGGUGUUUGGAUGACCGUGCAUGUAAUGCUACUUAAUACCCACAUUGUGAAGGGAUUCCCAACAUUCCUGAGACCUUGUUGAGGCAAUACUAACUGUCAUUUUGGUGUUGAAAAUUUUCGAUGUAAAAGUUGUGAUUUACUAUUUCAAUGAGAGAAAAAUUAAGGUUUAUACACUUCUGUUAUCAAUAUUGCAUUCGAAAACCUAUUGAGAUAUAUUUUGAAGAAAGCUAAAUCACAUUAAUAUUGUCUUCGUGUACAUAAAUUUAUUUUUAUAUAACAAUAUAUAUUAAAUUUAAAUAUUCAUUUUGAUAAAAUCUUAAACUUAGUUUUAAUUUUAUUAAUAGUAAUGAUGAAAGUUACAUAUAAAACUAUCAUAAUAACACAUUUUUACAAAAUUUUCAGAAUGAGAGCUCUAAAUAAAUGUAAUUGAUUUAUCCAAAGAUGAUCGUAGGAUUUUGUUUAUCCGAAUAUGAAUCUUUGUCCAGAUAUGCAUCUAACACCGAUUGUCUUGUACAUAGCGUAUAUGUAUAGUAUUGGAUGAUACAAUGUAUAUAUAUUUCUGUGUGAUUUACAAUACUUUGUCAGAAUUUUAAAUCACUAGUGCUCCAUGUCAUUGUUGUAGGGUACAACCACACUACAUGUAAAAAUCCUUUGUCCACCUCAACUUUGAAAUUGUAUGGUUCAAGUGUACAUCAAUUGAUACCGUGUCUUAGAUUUAUUAUAUUAGUUAAAACUGACACAAAUAUCCAAAGUUUAAAACAUGUCUAUCACUUCCACAUGUGAGAUGAUUUUGAUUGAUAAUUUAUUUCAAAAUACAUGCAUGCACACAUCUAUAGCAUUUUGUGUACAAUUAUAGAAUUUAUGUUUAAUGUUGUUUCUUUUCUCUUUUUUUUGGUUUUGAGAAUUAUGUGACACCAUAUCACCUAUUAUUUGUACUUUUGACAAAUAAACACAAUGUCUAUA